AUGUUUAAUUUGCUAUCUUUGGACGCCUUCCAACUCACUAGGUACAUUACCAGUAGAUUCAACAGGAGGCUCGCAAAAUCCGAUGUAAAUGAAAUUCGUGAUUUGUCCUUUCAAAUUCUCGGAAACAAGGAAGGUUUCAACUCAGAUUCCAAAAGUUUGUUGAAGAUAUACUACACAUUGGUUAAGGCGUACCACAAUGGAGUACUAGACAAUAAAGUCAAUAAAACAUUUCCAUAUCGGCACAACAUUUAUGUAAAUUAUAUAAAAAAUAAUUUAAACUGUAUUAAUGGAUCAAGUGAUUCCACAAAAGAUACAACUUCUGUUGCCAGUAGCCUCAAGGUCAGCUCAAAUGAUGAUUCCGACAAGGUAGUGGAUAGCUGCUCUGAAUAUAUGAACAAAAGUAUAAAUAAGAUAAUAAUCAGCACAUUUAACGAUGAUUUUGCGAGCACAUUGAAUAAUUAUCUGCACAAUGUUAAGGAUGAUAGAGUAGUUUUGUUGAAGUUAUGCGUAAAGCUAUUGAUUGAAAUCUGGACUAAGAAUACGUUGGACACCGGGUUGGUGAAUUCUAUCAGGAAUAAAAUAGAUUUAAAUAUGCAUCAAGUUACCAAUGAUGCUGCCAAGGAUGUUAGCAAUUUAAUUGAAGCAUACUUAUUGUUGAUUUUAACAAACUGCUAUAAUGAGGAAGUAAUUAGUGGUUUUGUUAAAUUAGUGAGCAACAACUUCAACAGUACUAUUCCACAAGAAAAGUUGAAAGUGUUCUAUGCUUUAUCAAAUCUUCCUGAGAGUGAAGCAGUGAAUAACUUAUUGAGUAGAUUCCUUAUCCACUUUCAAAGGAAUAACAGAGUAUUGGAUAGAAUAGUGGAUUUGCACCUGAUUCCAAAGUUCAACAACAUAACAAUCGUUGACUUAUUUAUUUUGCUGGACUCAUUUGCCGAACUGGAUUAUAGGUGCUCUUGCUUCACAAGGAAUAUUGACGGGGAGUACAUGAAGAGUCUCAGGAAACAGGAUGAAGUAAUACUGGUGUGUUUAAACUGA